GCUGACGGCCUCGAGCUGGGAUGCGUGGUGGCCGCGUUGUUUUCGUCCCGCUUUGCGCAUUCUCGUCCGGAAGCCCCAGAAGUGCUGGUCCGGCGUCUCUCGCGCCUCAUUCGUGCUUCGCUGGCCGGAGGGUGAACUCGUACCUUGGCGAAGCGCGCUUUUUUUUUGUUUUCGUGCAUUCCGUCGUCGUGUUCUCGGUGGUUCAGGAGUGCGGCAGAGACGAAAAUGAGCGAGGUUGGCGUCGCGCGCCGGCAGUCGUGAACGGACAGUUUUGGCGGGAGUGUCAUCGGACGGACAGCAGCAGUUCGCGAGGCGGGAGAUGUCGGUGAUGCAGAUGGGCAAGCGCCAGCACUGCUACCUGUGCGACCUGCCGCGCAUGCCGUGGGCAAUGCUGCACGACUUCUCGGAGGCGGUGUGCCGCGGCUGCGUCAACUACGAGGGGGACCGCAUCGAGGUGGUGCUGGAGACGGCGCGGCAGAUGAAGCGCGCGCACGGCUUCCAGGAGGCGCGCUCCGGGUCGGGCCACUCGUCCAAGUCGUCGACGUCUUCGUCGUCGGCGGCGGCGGCGGCGCUGCACCGGGCGUCGGGCAACCCGCACGAGGCGGCGCACCAGAACGGCGUGGCGUCCCUGGAGGUGGUGGGGCUCCCGCCGGCGGCCCACGUGUCCAGCAGGUCCCAGCAGCAGUCCCAGUCCCAGCAGCCGCCGCCGUCGCACGGCUACGCCGCCAUGCCGCACUCGCGCUCCGGCCUGCUGGCGGAGUACGCGCAGGUGCCGCAGCCGCCGGCGCCGCGCGGGUCCCUGUCGCGCGGCGAGGCGGAGCACGAGGCGGCCAUGGGGCUGCCGCGGUCCGUGCGGCUGUCCUCGGCGCACCUGGCCGCCGCCGCCGCCGCCCACCACGGCAUGCAGUCGCAGGCGCACCACGGCGCCCGCCCCCAGCCGCCGCCGCCUCCUCAGGGGCUCAAGCGCGGCAUGUCCGCCUCCGAGGACGACGAUCACCACCCGCACCACGUGAACGGCGAACUGCCCGGAGCCGCCAAGCGCAUGAUGAGCGUGGAGGAGCACCAGGCGUCGGGCAGGCCGCCGCUCGUGCGCGGGGACAGCCUGCCCGCCGUGGGCCACGUCACGCCCUUCAUGGACAACAGGUUCAAGGAGAGCAAGCACCCCAUCCGGGCGCCCUCCUUCGACACCGCCACCUCCUUCAAGCCAGUGUGUUGGUCAGGCUACCCCGGGGUGUCGCUGGCCGCGACCGGCGGGGCGGGGUCCCCGCUGGGCCCGCGCACCACGGGCUCCCCCCCUGAGCCCCAGCAGCAGCAGCAGCAGCAGCAGCAGCAGCAGCAGCAACAGCAGCAGCAACAGCAGCAGCAGCAGCCGGGCAGCGGACAGUCGCCCAUGGCGGCGCUCAUGUCCGUGACCGACACCCUUCCCCCCGGGUCCCCGCGAAGCGCCGGCGGGUCUCCCCCGGGACCCGGCGGGCCCAGGUCCUCGUCUCGCGGCUCCCAGCACUCCCCCAACUCGUCGGGCUCCUCCAGUGGCCGCCGCUCCUCGGGUAGCAGGCACGUCAGCUCGACCACGGUGACGUCCAGCGAGGUGGCCAACGGCGGCGGAGGCGGCGGAGACGGCGCCGCGACGCCCACGGGCGCGCCCGCGGAGCCCGGAGCCGCCCCCGGCGCCGCCCCCGGCGCCGCCGCCCCAGGGGCCACCACCCUCAAGUGCACCCUGUGCCAGGAGAGGCUGGAGGACACCCACUUCGUCCAGUGCCCGUCCGUCCCGCACCACAAGUUCUGCUUCCCCUGCUCCCGCGAGAGCAUCAAGCGGCAGGGCGCCGGCUCGGAGGUUUACUGCCCAAGCGGGGAGAAAUGUCCAUUGGCAAAUUCGAAUGUCCCAUGGGCGUUCAUGCAGGGUGAAAUAGCAACAAUUUUGGGGGAAGAACUGAAAGUGAAGAAGGAACGCGAGACUUAAAAGGCGCCAUGGACCGGAGUCAUGGAUCUUUUAACUUAUUUGUCUCUCUGUAUUGAGCAGUUUGAUAGAGGGUUCAGUUCAGCUCUGGCGAGCAUUCAAGCAGUUGGUACUUGUGGAGUCGAGGUUUGUUUCAUAUCCAGAAUUGUCUGGUUCUGAUCAUAAGGGUUGUUCUUGCAGGUUGUUGUGGAGAAGUUGUGGCAUUUCGAUGAUAGCGCCGCUGAGUAUGUCUGCCUAUGGGAGAGGAAGUAUUUCGCAGUUGUCUUGGAGGGAAGUUGACCUAGGGUCGACUUAAGAUAUCGUAACCUGACUGAAGGGAAGUGUGGAAAUACAUUUUUUUGUUUGACCUUCCCUUUUUACGUUGUUUUGUGAUUGAAAUAUUAGUUUUGUGUACAUUUGUAUUUUUUCAGGAGCACAUUAUAGCUUAUGUAAUGUGUAAAGCCAUGGGCGAUUUGACGUGUCACAGCACAGGUUGUGUGCUUUAUGUACAGAAAAUAAUUGUGUUUAUAGUGUAUGAUUUUUGAUUUCUUAAGUGCAUACUUUUUAAUUUUUGCAGAAAAUUUGAACUUUUUAAGACUGCAUUUGUAAAUAAAACACCAUAAGUUUGUGCAAAUGUACAUAGUAUUGUAGCAUUAGAAACAUGUGAAUACAUAUUGAAACAUUGCAUCAGCAUGAUGUUGCGAGACUUCUGUCCCUUUUGCGUCUGUCUCAGUUAUUUAGUUUUGGAGGAUACAAACGAAAAGUCUGAUUAUGCACGUUUGUUAAUUGAGCUUGUGAUUCAACUAUACAGAUCAUUCUUCUUACUUAAUGAACAUUUGUGAUAAACUGAAGCAGGUAUUUGUCGGCUUGACUUUCGAUGUACUUUUGUACACACAUUAACGAGAAUAAUAUUUGUGAAAAUGAAAAGGAUUGCUCAGUGUACAAAGUAGUUGUAAAUGUUGAGUAAUGUCUGGAAAUUUGACUUAGAAUGUGUGUAGCAUCAUAACGAAAACUCAUUUAAUUGUAUUUCAAGCUUGUUAUUCAAAAGGCAAAGUAUUCAUUUCUCCAGUUUAAUUGUGUCACCUAAUUAGCAGUUUGACUGCUACAUUGUGAAUGUCUUUUAGUGUUGAGGAUCUUGAGGCUAGGAACUUAUACAGCAUGUUUGUAACCAGCAUGCAGUGUUUUCCAGAGUAGCAUAGGGUACUUGCCCACAGUUGAGACCAGUCAGUCUUCUUAUAGCACAUCAUAGUCACGUUCACGUAAGUAGAUAAGUUCCUUGUGGGCAUUUAUUUGAACAAAAAAAACAUUUUUCGAAUUGGACUUGUCUUGUUUAGUAAGUUGGAAAUAUGUAACGAACAGAUUUUUUUAAAAUGUGUGUGAGGGUAUAUGCGGAUUGGUGUGUGAACGUUUGCACACUAUUCAAUACACUCACUCUGUGCGAGUAUCAACAGUAGGCACACAGUUGUAGGUUACAUCUUUAAUGUAUGUUUUAUUGCAGUUAAGUAGGACUUUGUAAGGACACCAUAUAUUUUUAUCACUAAUCCUGUCUUGUUAAACAUGAACUCAUUGUAUUAUUGCUAACAGUAAUUUUUAGUUUUUCUUACUAAGUUGUAUUUUAAUAUGGCACCCCACCAUCUAUUAUUAAAUUUAAAUACUAAGGAACCUAGUCAUUGCCUGGACAAUUUUGUCCCACUAAAGGAACUCCAAAACUCGCUGGUGUGUUAAUUAACCUUCAUGCGAUAGUGCGUUGAGGUUAAAAUUCAUUGUCUUGCUCCCUGCAUUGUAAUAUUGUGUCUUUAUCAUAGAGUUAGAGUUUGAAUACAAAGUAGACAACUACUUGUGUAUCUGUACAGAAUAAAUAGUGGAGACUAUCCUUUAUUUUUGUUUUGUGAAUUUGUGCAAGAUGGAAUUUAAAAAUAAAUGAUUCAAAACCUUUGGUGAAUUUAACUUUCGAUAGGUUUUUGUUUGUCAGUUUCAAGAGUAGAGGUCAUGGCAAACAGUAUGACAUAAAUGUUCAGUAAGCUGUGCUGAUAAUGUAAAGGAAAUUAAAUAAUCAUUGUAAUUUAAAUUUAUAGAAUAUAUAAUUUUAGUUUUAACAGAAGCAUUAAAACUAAAUUGUUUGUUACAUUUUGAGCUUGUAAAUUGUGUGUACUUUCCUUAUUAACUUAAUUGGACUUUUGCUUUUCUUGUUUUUCCAAACCAGGUUGAUGCAUUACUAUCAUCAAAUGUGAAUGUUUUAUUUAAAAAAUUAAUGUUUUGAUGUCCAUGUCAUUUAUAUUCGUCCAGCAAAGAUUUUAAUUGAAAAAUGCAGCAAUUAACUAAUAUUUAAAAAAAACAUUAGGGAAUAUUUUCGUUAAUUUGUUUAUGUAUGACUGUAUGACCAUACUGUUGAACCUGACUCUGUAAAUUACUCUGCUUCAGUUUUGUAGUGUGAAAGUUGCCUUUCAGUGUGUACCUACACUCUUUGUGAGGGUGAAUGCUUUUGAGUGAAUCAUCUGUACAUUGGAUUUUGCCUAAUGAUUUUCCUCAGACUGUACAUAUUGGAACACAUGCUAAUUAAAAUAGAAAUGACGUAGACUGGCUAUUCUAUACAAAUGUGUAUAUUUUGAUUGUGUAUGAAUGAACUGUAAAAAAAAUUAAAAUUCAUCUGGUAUGUUUGUUUUGUUCGAAAAAUGUUUCAUUUCUGUUCUUUACAAUGUUAUUGUCAUGUAUGUGAAUAUGAUGCAAACAGAAAAAAAAACUAAUAAUGGAAUAAAACAUAUUUUCGGUGUUUCA